ACCACCAGCCGCGCUGCACUUUCUCCACCAGUCUCCUCUGGAUCUCUGAGCUGCUCAGACUCUCCCUCUCUCUCUCUUACCUUCAUUCUCCCAUCUCUGUGAGCCUCCUGCUCUUUUGGCUUUAGAUCUGCUCCGUCAACUGCACUCCUCUCACAGCAUGCAGCUCCUGGUGGUGUUAGCAGCUCUCAUGGGGGUCCUUUACAGUGUUAGAGCAGCCUCCGUGCUUCCUGUGGAGGACAGGAGCUCCAUCCAUCUGAACAGGAUUUUUGGUCAGGAGCUGAGCAAGGAGCGAAAGGAGCUGAUCCUGAAGCUGGUGUCGGGCUUGUUGGACGGAGCUCUGGACACCAACAUGCUGCCGGAGGAGGCCGGACCCCUGGACCUGGAGGAGCCGCUGGAGUCCCGUCUGGAGGAGAGGGCCGUCUACAACAGGCUAUCACUGCCGCAGCGCGACCGCAAAGCCCCCUGUAAAAACUUCUUCUGGAAAACGUUCACCUCCUGCUAACAGUGUCCACAUCGCCUCCUGUACUCCUUCCCUGCCAGCUCCACAUGAACUGUAGUAGACCUCAGCUGUACAUAACAUCUACACCUGUCAGACAUGCAGCAUCGAUGGACUUCACUGACACAGUGUGUCUGUUUGAAUAUUAAUUAUUUAUGUAUCUAUUUAUGUAUACAAUGUAUGUAUGUAUGUAUGUAGCUGUUUCUUUCAGGGUAAACAAUAAAGCAUGGAUAUAUCAUU